CUUAUCGUUAUAACUUGAUCCACUAUUAUAAAGGAUAUGAAACAUCAGUAUUAAUACAAUAAUGUGCAAAAUAUUUAGUAAUUGCUAAAACACGAUUAAAGGAAGCAGUGGUGAUAGAAAGGGUGAUAAUGGACGGUGAAAAAGUGAAGUUUAGAGCAUUUGCAGUGCAAGCGUUGGCGACUUUCUCUAUCGCCUACCUCACCAGCCUGACAGGCUUCGUGUACGCCUGGCCUUCCUACACCCUCGGCAACUUCGUGUCCAAUGAGACCGUGCUAUCUUGGCCGUUGUCUUCCGGAGAGGUGUCCAUCCUGGGCAGUCUGACCAACAUUGGGGCUCUCAUCAUCACCCCCUUCUGUGGAUAUGCUGUUGAUACCUUUGGCAGGAAGUAUUCGGCUAUGCUGUUUGGGGUGCCUUUUGUGGUAGCGUGGACCAUAAUCUCCUUGACAACUUAUGUUCCCCUGGUGAUAGCUGCCAUUGGAGUCGCCGGGUUCGGCGCGGCAGGCCAGGCAGUGUCCUCCGUGUACAUAGCUGAAAUAGCCCAGGACUCCAUCAGAGGAGGAUUGACGUCUUCUUGUGUUUCAGGAUACUUCCUAGGUCUUCUGUUUUCGUACAUAAUAGGUGGACAACUAACAUACUACCAAAUUGUCUACGUACAUUUAUCAGGGUCCAUCCUGUACAUAGUAAUGCUUAUGCUAUUGAAGGAAUCUCCCGUGUUUUUGAUACAAAAAGGAAGAGAAGAGGAAGCAGCGAAGUCGAUAGCCUUUUACAGGCAAGUAAGCAUCACCUCUAAAGAAGUGGAGGUGGCUAUAAACAAGAUCAAACUGCAACUAGACCCUCAGAUUGAUAGGAUACUGGCUGGAGACAAUGACGCAGAGGCUUCAAAAGAGUUGAUUGACAAAAAAAAUCCCGUUGUCGAACAGGAGCAGCCACCUCCUGAAUCACCAUGGAAAUUCUUACUAAAAUCGGAAUCCUCAAAACGCGCGUUGGGCUGCGCUCUAUUUCUGAUGGCAUCCAACAUAAUGAUGGGAGCCAUCGUGCUGCAGGUGUACGCGGAGCCCCUCUUCACGGAGGCUGUGCCCUCUAUGGACUCCAACCUCUGUGCCAUCAUGUUGGCUAUUGACCUGAUGGUCCCAAGUUUGAUUUGCGCUGUUAGCGUUGAUCGGUUUGGGAGAAAGUUCCUGAUGACCUGGACAUCAUUCAUCUCCGGUUUCUUCACGCUCCUCCUGGCGUCUCAACUGCAUAUGCAUUACGCCCCCCACUGGGUCACGGCGCUGAUGAUCUACGCCUACUGCUUCUUCUACAACCUUGGGGCUGCCACCGUGCCUUUCAUUGUGGCUGCCGAGAUAUUCUUGCCUGAGAUCCGAGGCCUCUGCAACAGCAUCGUGAUGGCUUGCAUGUGGAUUACCAACUUCGUUACCCUCAUCAUCUUCAACCCUCUCGUCGACAACUUCGGGUUAGGGCCUCUCUUCUACGGAUUCUCUGCUGUCUGCUUCUUGACAGCUGCCUAUAGUCAUCUCUUUCUCCCCGAAACGAAGGGAUUGUCCGCAGAUGCUAUACAAAUGCUGUUCUUGAAAGAAAAGAAAAAGACUCGAUGUUAAUUUAGGCACGCCAUGAUGGCUAUGAUGGCUGUUUUGAUAUAAUUAAAAAUAUAAGUUUAACAUACAUACAUACAUACAUAAACUUACGCCCGUAAUCCCAAAUGGGAUGGGCAGAGCCACAAGUAAUCAAAGACAACUUGCAGCCACUGUUGAUACGAAGUCCUAAGAUGGAUAUGAUGAACCUUAUGGUGAUAAGGGAUCAGCCUAUCGCCCAUAACAUUAGUCCAUCAUGUUAGAGGACACAAUCCCUCUGUCGGUUUUUACGACAUACCCGGGAAGACAAGCAGCUGAACGUUUUCUAUGUUUUUUAUUUGCUCCCAGAACAACAUAGAAGCGUAAAAAAUAAGUUUAAAAACUAAAAACCGACUACGGAAAAAACACGAUGUAAAAAGUAGUCACCCUUUCAUUUGAUACCAUUAGAAGAAAACAAUUUUUUUUUUCGUCCUCACUUUAUGUCCUCUAGAGGGCGCCAUGUUGAAUUUGGCGUGACGUCACAUAACCUAUAACCACCGGAUAGUCAAGACGCUUCAAGUGACCUGAUUUGUUAAAUUCUGUCAGUUGUUACGUUUUGAACAGAAGUGCAUGCACGCAAACAUACGUACACCCAUGCAUAACGGUCAAACGUAAACGUUAGAAGUUAUUUUUUUAAAACAUAAUGGCUGCCAAAUGUCAGUUAGACAGCUAAUCCCAUGAAUUCAUGUCUUCUAGAUAAUCACUAAUCAUAGAUCGAAAGAAUUUUCGAGGAGGACCCGCGGGCUUAGCACCGUAAGCGCGCGACUCUUUCUCGCCUCGACAUACGUCACCCGUCACUCUCUCACAGUAUUGCACAAAAAGAGACAGAUGAUCUCUGUCGCGGCGAGAAAGAGUCGCGUGUUUACGGUGCUAAGUCCGCUGGUGUAAUUAACAUGCUCGUCCCGGCUUGACGAGAGCUUCAAGUCCCGUCCGAGUCAGUUUUUUUUUUUCGAUUUAUUUUUUCCCGUUGUGAGUUUCCCUAAACACGAGUGGGUGCUAUAAAAACAAAAAUCAUUUAAGCCAAUAUUAGCCAUAAAGUGUACAAAUGAGAUAAUUAAACUUAGUUAAGGUUAGUAAAUAAUAUUUUUACGAGAUA